AGAAGAAGAAGAAGAAGAAGGCCACAAAUAGAAGCAAACAAAACUAAGUCUUCCUCCUUCUUCUCUUCUAUCGUUGAUUAUUCCCACAAUUCUCUCUCACUUCUGAACUGAACCAACGUAACAACAACUCCCCUCCCCUUUCUUCUUCUUCUUCUUCUUCUUCUUCUUCUUCUUCUUCUUGUGUGUUUCUUCAUCUUUCAAUCCGAUCCAAUCAAAAUCAUGCCUCACUUUCUAUCCCUCCUCCUUUCUUCUCUUUUAAUAAUUAUUCAACUUCAUGUUCAUGUCCAUGCCCGUUUCGUCGUCGAGAAGAGCAGCGUCUCCGUUCUCUCUCCCACCUCUCUCAAGUCCAAACAUGACGCUGCCAUCGCCAACUUUGGUAUUCCCGACUACGGUGGUUUCAUUGUCGGCUCUCUUUUCUAUCCUCAAACAGGGGCUUUCGGAUGUCUCCCCUUCCAAGGAGACAAGCCUUUCAAGUCCAACACCUCUCGUCCUACUAUCCUUCUUCUCGAUCGUGGAGAUUGCUACUUUGCAUUGAAAGUAUGGAAUGCUCAACAGGCGGGAGCGGCUGUAGUUUUAGUAAUGGAUAGUAUCGACGAGUCUCUAAUAACCAUGGAUUUACCUGAAGACAGCACCGAAGCAGAUGCUUACAUCGAAAAGAUACGAAUUCCAUCUGCUUUCAUAGAGAAAUCACUGGGCACAACCCUAAAGCAAGCAGUGAGGAAUGCUGAAGAUGUUGUGAUCAGAUUAGAUUGGAGAGAGUCAGUUCCCCAUCCAGACAGCCGAGUGGAGUACGAAUUUUGGACCAACAGCAAUGACGAAUGUGGCACUCGAUGUAAUGAGCAAAUGGAUUUUGUCAAAAGUUUUAAGGGUCAUGCUCAAAUUCUGGAGAAAGGAGGUUACACUCAGUUCACACCACACUACAUCACUUGGUAUUGCCCCGAGGCCUUCAGAUUUAGCAGCCAAUGCAAGUCACAGUGCAUUAACCACGGCAGAUAUUGUGCGCCAGACCCUGAGCAAGAUUUUGGAGUUGGCUAUGAAGGCAAAGACAUUGUCUAUGAAAAUCUCAGACAGCUUUGUGUGCAUCGAGUUUCCAACGAGACCAACCGCUCCUGGGUUUGGUGGGAUUUUGUUACAGAUUUUCACGUUAGAUGCUCCAUGAAGGACAAAAGAUACACCAAGCAAUGUGCUGAGGAUGUCAUGAAGUCUCUCAACCUUCCAGUUGACAAGAUCAACGAAUGCAUGGGCGACCCUGAAGCUGAUCUGGAGAAUAAGGUGCUAAAAAUCGAGCAAGAAAUGCAGAUUGGCCAUGGGGCUCGGGGAGAUGUUACAAUCUUACCCACAUUAGUUAUUAAUGAAGUUCAGUAUCGAGGGAAACUGGACAGAACUGCUGUGCUGAAGGCCAUCUGUUCAGGAUUUAAGGAAACUGAGGAGCCUCCCAUUUGCUUAACUUCAGAUAUUCAAACUGAUGAAUGCCUCGAAAGGAACGGUGGCUGUUGGCAGCUCCUACAACAGAACAUAACCGCAUGCAAAGACACAUUUAGAGGACGAGUUUGUGAGUGCCCUGUCGUUAAUGGUGUUCAGUAUAAAGGAGAUGGUUACACUACUUGUGAAGCAUAUGGACCUGCAAGGUGUACGAUUAACAAUGGUGGUUGCUGGUCAGAAACUAAAAAUGAAUUAACUGCCACAGCUUGCUCAAAUUCAGAUAUAAGUGGUUGCAAGUGUCCAUCUGGAUUCAGAGGCGAUGGCCAAAACUGCGAAGAUGUUGAUGAAUGCAAGGAGCGUCUUGCUUGUCAGUGUGAAGGUUGUAGCUGCAAGAACACUUGGGGUGGGUAUCACUGUAAGUGUAGUGGUAACCAAGUAUACAUGAAGGACCAAGAUACUUGUAUCGAAAAAAGUGGAUCGAAAGUUGGAUUGUUUCUCGUCUUUCUAGUGCUGGCAGUGGUUGUUGGAGGGGGAUUAGCUGGUUACAUGUUCUACAAAUAUAGGCUGCGGUCUUACAUGGAUUCGGAGAUUAUGUCAAUCAUGUCGCAGUACAUGCCACUGGACAGCCAGAAUAAGGUUGAAUCCCACAGUGAAACUGAAACGCUAAGGCAAGGGGCAGUGUAACUUGGUAGGACACGAGAAGAAGGGAGAAUGAAGUAAAUGGUAUUCAACAAAGACAAGACAAAGCAAAUGCAGAGAGGGGAGGAUGGAGCAUAGAUCAGCAUACCGGAUAAUACUUGAUACAUACAUAAAUCGAUUGUGAAUUGGGCUCUUGUAAUAUCAUAAUUUUGGUACUGGUAUUGGGUACCUUGGCUUGUCGACUUAAUUUACAUUUGGAACAUUUUUCUUCAGAUCAUGAUUCAUGACACUCUUUUUCUUGUACAAAUUGAUACAGUUGGCCGAGGAUGUGAUUGUAGAUUAAUAAAGCCUGCAAAUUGAAUGCA